AUGACGUGGUACAAAAAAAUAACAGUAGAAGUACCACUUUUACUUUGUUUUUUUAGUUUUUUAUUAAUGGGAUCAAUCAUGACAAAUUUGGUCUACUAUCGAACUUGUUAUAACAUCUUAGGCUACGAUGAAUCGUUAUGUAAUGAAUUGGGCAAGUCUACAGAUAGGCAAGAUAUCAAGGAUUUGGAAAAGAAGGUUCAGAAAUCGGCCAAUAUCAUAGUCAUGGUACUUGAGAUGCCGCCUGCCCUUAUUCCUGUAUUAAUUAAUGUUUUUGCUGGUGCUUGGUCUGAUAGAUAUGGAAGAAAACCUGUUUUGCUAACGGUUAUUGCAGGAUUGUUCGUUAGUGUGGGUAUGUUUGGAGCAUUAAUAUGUAUCCGAAAUCUUUCACCAUGGGCAUUCCUCAUUGCUACUAUUCCUUCAAUGUUGACAGGCAGCCUUCCUACGUAUUUAACUGUAACUUUAGCUUACCUCAAUGAUAUAUCUACACCAGAAACUAGAGGAAUAAGAAUGGCAGUCUUCGAAGCCGUUAUGGUCACAGGAAUGUUUUUUGGUACGUUAUCGAGUUCUUAUUUGCUCUACGCAACAAGCUACGAAACUUGUUUCUUCUUCGCUACUGGUUUAAUUGGCUUGAGUUUACUAUAUACGAUAUUCUGUAUUCCGGAAUCUCUACCUCUAAAGAAACGUCAAGAACAGAAUGGAAGAAACAUUCAAAGUAUAUGCCAAUGUAGAAAUUUUACAGACAAUUUUAAAGCAGUUUUUAAAACACGAGAUGGAUACGAAAGAGCAGUAAUUCUUACUAUUAUCACCAUCCUAACCAUGACAAACUUUAUUUCUAAUGGAGAGAAGACAGUUAAAUUUCCAUUUCUCAAAGAAAAACUUAGUUGGAGUUUAAGUCAGUACAACAUUUUCAGUAGCAUAUCAAUGGUUAUAGGUAUGGGAAGUACUGUGGCUGGUGUUUACUUCCUUUACAAAAUGCUAAAAAUAAAGGGUUCCACUUUAUGUUUGUUGGGUUUAAUAUCAAGUUCGUUAGGAAGUUUACUUUUAGGGAUAACAAAAAACAAUUAUUACGUUUAUGGAGCUGCUGUGAUAUCACUCUUUGAAAAGCUAGUAAAUCCAUUACUGCGGACUAAGUUAGGCCAAGUUGUGCCUGCAGAGGAGAUGGGUAAAGUCUUCGGAACCGUAUCUACAGUUGGAGGCUUAACUAGUUUAGUAGCAUCAUUUUUAUAUACGUUCUUUUACAAUGCAACUUUGAAUGUUAAUUCAGCCCUCUUCAAUUUUAUAUCUAUGGGAAUUUGCAUCUCUGGUGCUUUUCUUGCUAUAUAUCUUAUCGUUUUGGAAAGAAGAGAACCUGCCAAAUGCAAUGAAGAUGAAAUAGAAAACCUAAAUACUGCUUGA